UAGUUGGUUACUUCCUUUCCUCUACUAGCUUCUUGUUUUAUUGUCCUCAAUUAGAUCACAAAUUUGCCUUGAGACGAAUUAAGUAACACAAUAUUAGUGCCAAGUUUUGUUUGAUCAUUUACUUUUUCAGCCACAAGAAUGAAUCAACAGAAAAGCUCUUGGCAUGUUUCUCCUCUUAUUCGAUGGAGUUACGAUGUUUUCUUGAGCUUUAGAGGUAAAGAUAUACGCAAAACUUUUGUUGAUCAUCUGUACGUUGCUCUGCAACAAAAGGGAAUUCAUACCUUCAAAGAUGAUGAGAAAUUAGAGAAAGGCAAGUCCAUUUCACCUGACCUUAUGAAAGCAAUUAAAGAGUCAAGGAUGGCUUUGAUUAUAUUCUCCGAAAACUAUGCUAAUUCAACAUGGUGUUUAGAUGAAUUAACAAAGAUCAUGGAGUGCAAGAAUGUAAACGGACAAAUUGUCCUUCCGGUGUUUUAUGAUGUAGAUCCAUCAACAGUGAGGAAACAAAAAAAAAGCUUUGGAGAAGCAUUUAGAAAUCAUGAAGACUGUUUCAAGGUGCAAAAAUGGAGAGCAGCACUGGAGGAAGCAGCUAAUUUAUCUGGCUGGGAUUUGCCAAAAACUGACAAUGCGCAUGAAGCUAGAGUCGUAAAGCAAAUUGUGGAAGAUAUAAUGGCUAAAUUGGGUGGACAGACACAUGCAAGCAAUGCUGAAAAUCUUGUUGGCAUGGAGUCACACCUGCAAAAAGUGUAUAAAAUGAUUCAGGUCGGGUAUGGUGGAGUUCGUUUCGUUGGAAUAUGGGGUAUGAGCGGAGUGGGGAAGACAACUCUAGCGAGAGUUAUUUAUGAUAAUAUUCGGAGUCAAUUUGAAGGUGCAUGUUUUCUUCAUGAAGUUAGAGACCGUUCAACAAAACAGGGCCUGGAGUGCUUGCAAGAGAUACUUCUUUCUGAGAUCCUUGGCCUAAAAGAUCUAAGGAUCAACAAUUUAUAUGAAGGAGCUAAUAUGCAAAAACAAAGACUACAACGCAAAAAGGUUCUUGUUGUUCUUGAUGAUGUUGAUCACAUAGAUCAGUUAUAUGCUUUAGCUGGUGAGCGUGAAUGGUUUGGUCCCGGAAGUAGAGUCAUCAUAACAACUAAAGACAAACACUUGCUUGUUAAGCAUGAGGUGGAAAAGAUAUAUAGAAUGAGAGCGUUAAAUGAAGAUGAAAGUUUGCAGCUUUUUAAACUGUAUGCUUUCAAGAAAAUUUAUCACAAAAAGGAAUUCAUGGAUCUCUCAGCUCAAGUGAUAAGGUAUACUGCUGGACUCCCCUUGGCUUUGAAGGUCUUGGGCAGCUUCUUGUAUGGAAGAGAUUUGGCUGAAUGGAGAAGUGAAGUGGAACGAUUGAACCAACUACCAGAAGAUGAAAUACUGAAGCAACUCGAACUAAGUUUCAACGGACUCAACAACAUUGAACAAAAGAUAUUCUUAGACAUUGUGUGUUUCUUCACAGGGAAGAAGAAAACUGCAGUGACGAGAAUACUUGAGAGUUCUAAUUUCAGCCCUGUUAUCGGCAUAAAAGUUCUCAUGGAGAAAUCUUUGAUUACUAUCUCAGAAGGUCGAAUUUUAGUGCACCAAUUGAUUCAAGAAAUGGGCUGGCACAUUGUUCGUCGAGAAGCUUCCGAUAAUCCAAGAAGAUAUAGUAGGUUGUGGACGUCCAAAGAUAUUUCUCAUGUACUUACAAGAAAUAUGGGCACAGAAAACAUUGAAGGCAUAUCACUGAACUUGACAAAUACAGAAGAAAUUAAUGUUAUUCGCACAGCCUUCAUGCAGAUGACCAGACUAAGGUUUCUCAAACUCAAGAAUGCAUAUGUUUGUCAGGGUCCAGAUUUUCUUCCCGGUGAGUUGAGGUGGCUUGAUUGGCACAGAUAUCCUUCAAAAAAUAUGCCAAUUAGCUUUCAGGGAGAGCUGCUUGUUGGUUUGAAAUUGAAAAAUAGCCGCAUCAUACAACUAUGGAAAGUCUCUAAGGUUCUAUGGAAUUUGAAGUACAUUAACCUUAGCCAUUCACAUAAGCUAAUAAGGACCCCAGAUUUCUCAGGUACCCCUAAUCUUGAAAGGUUGGUUCUUGAAGAAUGCACAAGUUUGGUAGAAAUCAAAUUUUCUGUUAAAGAUCUUGGAAAGCUAGUGCUGCUGAAUCUGAAGAACUGCACAAAUUUAAAGACCUUACCAAAGAGUAUUCAACUGGAAAGUCUUGAGGUUUUGAUCCUAUCAGGCUGCUCAAAACUCAAAACAUUCCCAGAAAUAAAAGAAAAAAUGAAUCGUUUAUCAGAACUGUACUUGGAAGGAACUGCUGUAAGAGAACUACCCACAUCAAUUGAGAACCUUUCUGGAGUUAGUUUGAUAAAUCUAAGUUACUGCAAGCAUCUUGAGAAUCUUCCAAGCAGUAUUUUUAGAUUGAAGUGUCUAAGAAGACUUGCUCUAUCGGGGUGCUCAAGACUGGAAAGACUAUCAGAUGACAUGGGACUUUUAGUGGUUUUAGAGGAGCUCCACUGUGAUGGCACAGCCAUCCGAACAAUUCCCUCCUCUAUUUCUCUGCUAAAGCACCUUAAGCACUUAUCUUUUCACGGAUGCAAUGCUUUGGGUUUACAAGUAGGCAGCUCAAUCUUCUCUUCUUGGCUUCCAGGAAAAGGCCAAUACUCCAUGGGUCUAAUUAUUUCUAAUUUAUCGAGUCUUUGUUCAUUGACAACGUUGGAUAUUAGUUACUGCAAUAUCUCAGACGGAGGCGCCCUAUGUAAUCUUGGGUGCUUAUCAUCUUUGGUGGAAUUGAAUCUUAGUGGUAACAAUUUUACCAAUAUUCCAGCUCCAAGCAUCGGUGGUCUUACCAGACUCAUACGCCUUGAAUUAGUUGGCUGUAGGAAGCUUGUGAGUUUUCCAGAGCUUCCUCAAUGUAUAGAAGAGGUGCAUGCGGAUGAAUGUACAUCUUUGGAGAGCAGAGAUAAAUUAGUCAAAUAUCCAAUGUUGCGCCGAGUUUACCUUGGACAAUGUUCUCUUUGUGUUGCUGAUGAUAGCAUCCCUUGGAACCUAUUAAAGAUCAAUAACCAAGCCUUGGGAGCUUCUAGAAGGCCUAUGAUAAGAUCCAAUACAAAGGAACUUCAAGACAAGUUAAUUCCUUUAAUGGAGCAGACCCAAGAUAUAGCUGUGAAUUCAAUAUUUGCAGCUCUGGAUCAGAGAUUCCCGAGUGGUUUACGUAUAAAAACUUGGGGAAAUAUUUUUCAGUGACCAUUCCCGAGUCAGUCUGAUAUGUUUGAUCCUCCAAGAAGCGCGCUACAU